AUGCGUGCCGACGAUCGCGUGAUGUCACUGCUUGCCUUCGCCCAUCUCUACUGCCACCCCCAAGCAUACGUCCCCCAAGCAUCGCCGCCUCGUCCUUCCCACCCACGCCCAGUCCACUCCCCUCAUCUCUCGACCGACUCGACCGACCCAGACAGCCAGUCAGCCAGCCAGCCAGCCACUCAAGCCCGCCCGCAUAACACGCGUCCUCCUCCCGCCUGCUGCCUACCGCCGCGUCAUCCGCGCUCCCCCGUCCUGCGCCAGAUGACGCGUCUGCCCUGCCCGUCGCAUAAGAAGCCGGUACGCGUCCGAUCGACGUCGACGCGCGCCCCUCGCGUUGACGUUCUUGCCCGAGCCCGCCCGCGAUCGCUGACUGCGGCGCAUACACAAGUCUAUCGCCCUACGCCUUCCCGCAGCCGCGCAUCAACACCGCCGCCUCUCACCUCUACCCCACCCGCGUCCCCUCCUCCACCUCCCACGACGCCCUGCCGCCUUCGACAUCGCCAUAGCCACGUCAUCAAGCCCCCGAAGGACGUCCCUAACCCCCUCCUCCUCCUCCUUCCCUACCCUCCCCCUUCCCUUCCCCCGCCUGAUCCCAUCCUAUCCUCUCUCUUCUCGCACCUCCUCACUACCUACCCAUACCUUUCCCGCCACCCUACCCCGUUCCUUUCGCGCGACCCCUACCCCUCUCGUCCCUCCCCUCCCUCUCCGUUACCGCCCUACCCCCACCUUCCUUUCGCGCCACUAUACCCCUCCCCCUCCCGCUUUUCGUACCAUCCUCCCUCCCUCUUCCCUCCCUUCUCGCGCUUCCCCCCUUCCCCUUCGCGCUUCGCCCCUCCCUGCCUAUCUUCGCUCCCCCUCCUCUCGUUGUUCACGCGACCCCCUUCCCUCCCUUCCCCCCUUCGUUCCGAGCCCCUUACCCUCACCCUCACCCUCACCCUACCCCUUACCCCUACCCCACAUCUCCCCACACCCUUCGUGCUAACCCCUUACCCUUCUCGCCCUUCUCGCCCUUCUCGCCCCUCCCCCUUCUCGCCCCUCCCCUCUUCUUACCCCCACCCCCCCUCCGCUCCCCUCCCCCCUUCUCGCCCCCCUCCCUUCGUGCUAACUCCCUCCCCCCCCUCCCACCUACCCUCUCCCCUCCCCUUCUAGCACGACGACGCGCGCGGCCGAGCUUACUAAGCGCGGCGGGGGUCAGUCGUCGGUCGAAGGGAGUCAGUCGUCUAGUCGAAGGGGGUCAGACGUCUAGUCGAAGGGGGUCAGACGUCGGUCGAAGGAGGUCAGUCGUCUAGUCGAAGGGGGUCAGUAAUCCCGUCAAAGCGGUUGGGAUAGGGAGGGGGGCUUACCUUCGGUGCGGUCCCAGUCGGAGUCGGCGGCGGUGGGGAGAGUAGGGGUCGGUGGCGAAGG